GGGGAAAAAAACCCUCACAAGGCGUCCUGUUGUCAGGGUAGUUUGGAAUUAUUAAAAAGUUUCCCGUUUGUAAACAUGAAUGCCAAGUAGAAUAUUUCUCUCGUUUGAACAUGGCUUCAUUAUUUGAGGGGGUAACAUUAUCAGGUAGAUGGGUAUGGAAAGAUGACCCGACCAAACCUGGCCUAGAAUUUAAUAGUAACAAUCCAAAUGCAGAAAGACAAGACAAAAGAAGGAGAGGGAGAGGUGUGGAUGGAAGAGGAAGAGGAGACAGAGUUUCAUCAGGAGCACAAAGGGGUGGAGUAUUUGGCAGAGGCAGAGGAGCCACCUCUAAAAUUCUAAACAAAUGGGCACCGAAUAAAAAAGAUCAAACAGAGCAUUCAGCGGUAACAUUGGAGGACAUUAAAACUGUUACUUUUGAAAGAAUGAGUGAAGUUCAUGCCAUACCUGAAGAAUUUCAUAGUCUCUUUGGAAGAGAACAAUUCAAUAUAUUUCUGCUGUACCUCAUGAGCUACUUUAACUGUUACUUCAAUAAACUCAAUUUGGAGACUAAGAAAAACCCAAUGUACAUUGAACCAAGUAUAUCUGAGAAGUUGGACUAUGCCAAUGCUUGUGAUCGUCUAAAUGUUGCCCAAAUGUUGUUGGGUAGAUCUUACUGUAUCCUUGUUCUGGGCCUUGGAUUGCAGGACCAGCAUCACAUGGAGUGUGGCAGAUCCAGAGUUUCUAAAACAUAUACAGAUCGCUCUCUUUAUGAGACAUUUUACAGGUUUUGUACAUUUCUUGUGUGGAUAACAUUUCGGAGAAGAGAUUAUGAUGCAAUAGAGAAAGAAAUAGGAAGGAUACUGAGGUCUAACACUUUUAACCCAGCGAUACGAGUAAAAUAUUCUGCUGCUGAACCUAAAGAGCCAGACCCAACCAAAGCACAGAAAAAGGAAGAGGAAAAAAAGGAAGAAGAAAAGAAAAAGUUAUAUGAAUUAGAAAAAAUAACUCCUGCAGAAUACAGGAGACUUCAUCCAAAACGACCUGCAAUCAAGACUAUUGUCAAUCAAAGAUCUCCGGCUAUUGUGUCCAUUAUCCCAUCUCCAAGGGAAGAAGCUGCUUGGCUUUUUAAAAAAACACAGCCGCAAAAUAAGGAUCAAAAUAAAAGUCAUGAUGAGGCAAGAAAUGUUGAAGAACAGUAUUCAGAUUUGAUAAUUGAUGUUAACACUUUCAAAGUUGGCAUUCUGGGAGAACCUUACAAGAUGUUUAACCCUCUGACACUGUCACCAAUAGGAACAGAGAAUGAGGAGGAAACAAAUGAUGCUGGAGAAAAAGAACUCUCAGAAGACUCAGUAUCAGAGCAGAAGAGCCCAAUGUCAGAGAGAGGGCUGAGUAGACAACAAACAGCAAUAUCUCAUGCCACUACAGAAGCCAUGACUGAUGAUGAAUCGUAACACUGAUAGCGCAAGAAUAAGGAUGACAGAAACAUUUGUUUUUUUCCCCUAACCUCGUCAUUUUGUUUGAAACUUUAUUGUUAAUUUACCUUGAAGUGUAUGGUAGCCUAUGUGAAAAUGUAAUGUUUAUUACAAUUCUUUAAAAAAAAUCAUUUUAGUUUUUAAUACUGUGAUAAAAUCAAUUCAGAAUUUAUGGUAAUAGUUUACUUUUCAAAGUAUAUUAUUUUAGAAUCCUUAAAUAUAACUAUAUGUGAAUGUUAUUUUAUAUGUUUAGAUAUAGGCCUACAGUACAUGCUCUCCUCUUUUUACAAAGGAAUUAAAUUCUGAAGUACUGUUCUUAU